GCGCCCCGCCUCCAGGCCCGGCCCGCGGGGCGGGCGGAACUGGGCCGGUUAUGAGAAGCGGAGCUCGCCAGGCUCGGUGUCUCGCUGCUCUUCCUACGCCCCACGGUGGGCCCCGCCGCCCUGGAACGCAGGAGGACAGCACUGUGUUUAAAAUGGAAGUUGACAUAAACGGAGACUCCAGAACUACCCUGCCUACCCUUCCUGUGCCUCUUGCAGAUGUGAGUCCUGUGGGCAGGAUGGAAGCAGAGAAGCCCCGCUGCUCCAGCACCCCCUGCUCGCCAAUGCGACGGACAGUUGCGGGAUACCAGAUCCUUCGGAUGGAUUCUAACUACCUGGUUGGUUUCACAACUGGAGAAGAGCUGCUAAAAUUAGCCCAGAAGUGUACAGGAAGUGAAGAGAAUAAAGGGGAAUCCGGGCCAAACUUUUGCUCCAAACAGCUUGAUUCAGGACUUCCCCGUUCCUCUCGUUUUUACAAAACUAGAAGUAGAUGCUAUCAGCCCUAUGAGAUCCCAACAGUAAACGGAAGGACAAGGAGACGGAUGCCGAGCUCAGGGGAUAAAUGCACUAAGGCUUUACCAUAUGAACCUUGUAAGGCACUUCAUGGUCCCUUGCCUCUUUGCCUUUUAAAAGGUAAAAAGGCUUAUUCAAAAUCCUUGGACUACCUCAAUUUAGACAAAAUGAGUAUUAAGGAACCUGCUGACACAGAAGUACUACAGUACCAGCUCCAACACCUUAAUCUUAGAGGGGAUCAUAUGUUUUCAAGAAAUAACACAUAAGCUAUGAUUUUGACUUCAGAGCCAGUUUAUAACUCACAUGUUUGCUGCAAAAAUCUGUACAUGACUGUUAACAUUGUAGGUCAUUCUGUAUGUUAAAUUUUAUCAGAAAGUUAUUUAUUUGAAUAGAAUUUUGGCAAUACAGUAUGUUACAAAUACUCAGAGGGAUAACUUUCUGAGCAAGCAGUUUUUGAUGCAAAGUUGACUGUCACUGGUGGAUGCUUCUUUGGAUGCCUUUAAAAAAAGCUUUGAUUUUUAGUUGGGGAUUUUCUUUUCUUUUUUUUUUUUGUCCAGUUAGACCUGGUAUUUACAGUAAUUUAACACUGAAAAAUUGGUGAUGUCUGCUUGUUUGUUGCUAAUGUUGGCUUGAUGUUAAAAAAUGCUCUUUGACACAUACUCAAGUUUAGGAGGUUUUCUGGUUUUAUUUUCUGUAAUAUACAGUAAAUUGUAUGUGGGGUUUUUGUUUGGGGUUUUUUUAGG